AGGGUAAUGCUGCGGCUGAGACAGUCACUGACCAACUCCUGACGCUUGAGAUAAGGAAGGAACUGGUGGAGAGGUAGUGAUAAGGCUGGGACACCCGGCUGCAUCGGGAGUGCUGGCGUCCAGAGCAAGGGGAACGUGGUGGGAAGGGGGAAAAAAGAUACAUCUGGCAACAUUUUGUAACCAAUCCAUUGUUGCAUUGAUGGUUACAGCUGAUUCCCGGGUCACCCAGUGACAGAAGCAGGGGCGAGCUGAGUUGGGGUUGAAGGGGCAGGACACGGCGUCAGAACCGUGGGCAGGACGAGGAGAAAACGACUGCAAACAGUGAAAGGUUGGAGACGUGGGGAGAAACAGUGCGUUAGCACCGCCAAUCCAUCAUGGGGCACCCGCCGCUAGAAUUCAGCGACUGCUCCCUCGACAGCCCGGAUUUCAGGGAGCGCCUGAAAUCUUACGAGCAGGAGCUGGAGAGGACGAAUAAAUUCAUCAAGGAAGUAAUCAAAGACGGGAACUCGCUCAUCAAUGCCAUCAGAAAUUACUCCUCGGCUGUGUCAAAGUUUUCACAGAGCCUGCAUGCAUUUCAGUUUGAGUUCAUUGGAGAUACAUUGACAGAUGAUGAGAUUAACAUUGCUGAAUCCUUCAAGGAGUUUGGGCUGCUGCAGGAGGUGGAGGAAGAAAGGGUAAUGAUGAUUCAGAAUUCCAGCAAUUUCCUAAUUAAACCUUUGGAGAUCUUUAAAAGAGACCAUAUUGGAGUUGCAAAGGAGAAAAAGAAAAAGUUUGAAAAAGAAAGUGAGAAGUUCUACUCUGUGCUUGAUCGACAUCUUAGUCUCUCUUCCAAGAAGAAGGAAUCCCAGCUCCAGGAGGCUGAUAUUCUGGUUGAUAAAGAGAGGCAGAACUUCUAUGAGGCAUCUUUAGAGUACGUUUACAAAAUUCAAGAGGUUCAUGAGAGAAAGAAGUUUGAGGUGGUGGAGCCAGUAUUGGCAUUUCUACACAGUCUACUCACUUUCCAACAUUUGACCUUUGAACUGACUCAGGAUUUCUUGCCCUAUAAGCAACAGCUUCAGCUAAGUCUACAGCACACGAGGAAUCACUUCAUGGGCACUCGAGAAGAGAUGGAGGAUCUUAUGAAAAGAAUGAAAGAAGCUCCACAAACCUGCAAGUUACCAGGACAACCUACCAUUGAAGGCUACCUCUUCUUUCAGGAGAAACGGGCUCUUGGAUUUUCCUGGGUGAAAUACUAUUGCAAGUAUGUGAAAGAUACCAAAACUCUAACCAUGAUAUCCUGUGAUCCAAAGCCUGGGGUUAAGCAAGAAUUUAAACUGAAGUCCUGCAUUCGGAGGAAAACUGAAUCCAUUGACAAGCGAUUCUGCUUUGAUAUCGAGUUGCUUGAAAGGCAAGGCCCUGUCACACUGCAAGCACUAUCUGAAGCCAACAGAAGGUUAUGGAUUGAAGCAAUGGAUGGCAAAGAGCCGAUCUAUAUCACUCCAAAUGCAAAACCAGAGCAAAUGCAAUUGAGUGAGCUUGGCUUGAAAUUCGUGAGGAGAUGCAUUAAUGCUGUGGAAUCCAAAGGGAUCACUACAGAGGGUGUUUACAGAACUGUUGGCAGCAGCUUCCAAGUACAGAAACUACUAACUCAAUAUUUUGAUCCCAACCAUCCUGGUGAUGUUGACCUGCAGAACGUCGAGUGGGACAUGAAGACAAUCACCAGCGCACUGAAGCACUACCUCAGGAAUCUUGAAGAGCCAGUGAUGACUUACAAGCUGCAUAAAGAACUCCUCUCUGCAUCCAAGUCAGACAACUUGGAUUAUCGGCUGGGUGCUAUUCACUCCUUGGUGUACAAGCUACCUGAGAAAAAUCGGGAAAUACUUGAACUUAUAAUUAAACAUCUAGUGAAUGUUUGUAGCCAUAGUAAGGAGAACUUGAUGACUGCCUCCAACAUGGGGGUGAUAUUUGGGCCAACAUUAAUGCGACCACAAGAAGACACUGUUGCUGCCAUGAUGAACAUCAAGUUUCAGAACAUCGUUGUGGAAAUCCUGAUUGAGCAUUAUGAAAAGAUAUUCCAGUCCCCACCAGAGGAAAAUGCUGCUCCUCCGAUACCCCCACCUAGAGCUGCUCCACGGAAACGCCAGCCAAUCACAAUCUCCAAACGCCCCGCCCGUCAUCGGCCCAAUCUCAACACUUCAGUGGAUGUGGAAGAUGGUGCAGGGAACACAAACCAAAAUGCCAAUGGCGGCAAUGAUUUGGAAGCGAGUAUUCUGGGUACCCCACCAAGCCCCGUCCCACUGCAACGAACAACCAAGUCAACCAUGGGUAAUCUGCGAGUGGCAGAAAUGGAGCCUCCUGGUCGGCAAGCUGCUGGCCACCAGAACUCAGACGUGGACGUGGGAAAACUUGCACCAAAACUGAAAGAAGGAGGUCUGAAGUCGGCCCCAAAGUCUGUAAAUGGGGCGCCUUUGCAAGACCAGAGCUCUGGCAGUGUCUCUCGAAAGUCAUCCUUUCAAUCAAAGACACUUUCUUCCAAAAUGUUUUACACUGAAGAUGGUGACUAUAGUAAUGUUAUCGUACCUCGAGCCCACCAGGAGAAGAGCUCGUCAGGCCUGCAGCGCCCUCCCAUGAGACCACCAGAUCCUCCUUGCCGGGACAAGGUCCCUCCACCGCUGAAAGUAGAGCCAUCCAGCAGCACGGAAGACACUCCACCUUCAGUGGUUGCUUCCAGAGCCAAGUUUUUUGAAAAGGCUGCUAGAGUAUCGGGCAGUGCAAAUGCUUCUCCACCACUGUCUCCUCCUGUGGCCCGCAACAUUACUGCGAAAGAUGAGACUUCAUGAAAGAAAAGCCUGGCUGAUUUCAGGGAAGCUGCUGCAUCAGAACUGGAACAAUUAUUUCUGUGAACUGCCUUGUACUUAUCAAGAUCUCAUCUGGAACACCAAAGAUCCUCCAGAUUAUCCAAAUGGAUUCUAACCAGGAAUUGUUCCAUCCCACCAACAUCUGAGGAAACGUAAUUGUUGACUGCUUUGAGUAGUAGUGUCCUUGAGCUAAAUGUUGAAUUUCUCUCAUCAAUGCAUUCUAAUGCAACAUUUUAUAACUGAUCUGCCUUUACUCGAAUAACAAUUCCUGUUUGUGUGAGGUCAGCUGAGUAUUUUAUCAAGAAAUGUUAAAGUACUACUGGUAAUUCAUACAAACUUCAUUAAGUGUGCAAUGUAUUUUACAUAAAAAAAAUAUCCCACAAAAUGUGGGGUCUAGCUUUAGGAUGAUCUUGCUUGACCAUCAGUUCAAAUGGAGUAAUUAUAAGAAAAGGUGGCUGGACCAUGCAUUUAAAAAAUGCAUAAAUUGUGAUUUUGUGAAGAACUGCUUGCCUUGAUAUGUUAUCAGUAAAAGUAAUUUUUACAUGCAGGGUAGGUAGUGAGAAGUUCUUCAAAUGGAAUCCAGUUGCUAUUGUUCAGAGUACGUCAAGCAGUG